AUGCCGCUACAAGGUUGGGGUAAAUACCCCACAAUGGAGACGCCCACUACUUGGUACGAUGACGGAGCUACAGGUGGACGUAUCAAGGAAUAUCGCGUGCUCAAGGUAUGUCCCAAUGCAGAGGCCGCUCUCACUCUGCUCAGGAGAGUCGGCAGCAUCGUCAAGCCCAUCAUGGCGAAGCACGGGUGGCGUGAGUUCUCUAGCGCAAAACGUCAGAGCGACGAUUCAUGCUGAUUGCAGUCAUCUCUCUGAAUCACCCCACAGAUCUGCCCCAAUUGGUCGAGUUUCUGCCCCGAGACGAGCGUCUGCUGGGGCUGAACGUGAAUCAUGGCCAAAAGAUCUGUCUAAGGCUUCGACGAAACAAAGAUUCCACAGAUCUCUUUGCCGAAGACAUGGUAGUGGAGACGAUGCUACACGAGCUCACACACAACGUCCGAGGACCUCAUGACGAGAUAUUCGACCAGCAGCUUAAGGAGCUUACUGAAGAGUGGUACGAAUUGAGAAGGAAAGGUAGAGCUGAUGGGGAAGGAUUCUUGUCUGCCGGAAGAAGCGUGGGUGGCUCGCGCGCGCCUGGCAGUCGAGCUGAUGCGAGAGAGGCUGCAGCGAGAGCUGCCGAAGUGCGCGCUCAGAGAGGUACCGGCGGAAGGCUGGGCGGAUCCUUGACUAGCAACGUCAUCAUGACCGCAGAAGACCGUAGGCGUGUUGCAGCGGAGGUAAGUCUGAAGCGUGGUGUACACUCCCAUUAGUGAGGAAGCGCGCUGAUCCUGUGCACGCUGUCUGUGGUCAGGCUGCGGAUGCGCGUGCUCGCCAAGCGACACGUCACCGUCAAGAAAACCUCAAGCGCGGAGGUGGAUGCCCGUCCAGCCAAGGAGAACUCGAAGCAGCAUCCGCAGAACAACAAGCUCAAGAAGCUAAAGAGACGUUGAAAGGUGUUGAAGUCGUUACUCUACUAGAGGAUGCGCACGAGCAACCUUCAGCUCCAAGCUCGGGGUUUUCGAGCAAUGCUGCUCCGGAAUCGCAGGGAAAUGCCGAACGGCAAUUCAAGACUCCGCAAUAUGUGGAACUGUCCGACGACGAGGAGCCACUAAGACCGCUCAGCACAAAUGGCGAAGCGUCCUCACCAUCUUUGGUGGCGUCGCAGCGCGCUCCAAGCGGACAACCGAAGUCGGGCGAAAUGGUCUUGAAUAGAAGACCACCGCAAUCCUCACAAGAACGCUGGUCAUGUCAAGUCUGCACGCUUCUCAACCAUCCGGUAUCCAAGUCAUGCGACGCGUGUCAGGCUGCUAGACCGGGCGCUGUGCAACUUCGCAAACAGCUCCAACAGUCGAACGCGGAUUGGAACUGCGCGCGAUGCGGAUACCGCAUGGCUGGGGAUAAGGCCGACUUUUGGGUCUGCGAAAUCUGUCAUGGUAUGAGGCCAAGCUGA